AACAAAGAGUUCAACCCUUAAGCGGGGAAAAAUAAAAAAAAUUGUUUAUUAUCAGAAGGCAGAAAGAAAGGUAGGAUAGUUGGAUAAUCUAUCAGGUGAGACAAAAUGAAGUCAUUGAUUCUUCUGUGUGUGAUUGUUGCUGCCUCGGCAGAGGACUUUCACAUGAACCUUACAGAAAAUGGAGAGACCUUCACUCAAGAUAUAAUAGUUGAUGUCCAGGGAAACACAGAAGAGAUCAAAGUUCCUCGUCAUCAAGAUGCACCAGCUGUCAACGUUUUAAAUGAUUUCAACAUUGGACUGAGCGCCGUAAAAUUGUCGAACUCAAGAAGGUGCUUUAUUUCAAAGAUCCAUGCUUCAGAACAAAGACCGGCAGAAUUGAAACAAAGCAUGGCAACGGUGCGUUCACAAUUUCCAAGAGAGAGGUAUAUGGUUGAAACUUUCAAUGUACUGACUGUAAGGAAGAUGGUGAAAGAUGAAGUUGGUGAGAAGAUCGCUGGUUUCUGCAAUGGCUAUGAUCUCUUCUAUACAAUGCGCUUUAACAAAGAGAAUAUUGAAGAGGAAGUUAUCAAGAUGAUCAAAAGUGCGAGAGACAAAAGUGGUCAAGUAAGACAAAGAAGAGAUUUAGGGAUAACUUCUUUCACUUCCUGCAGUGAUGACAGUUUCAAUGUGCUUAUGAGAUGUCCUGGUCAUAAGAUUGGGGCACGAUGCAAUUUCUUCAGGAGUGAUCAGCGUUAUUGGACAUACAGUGUAAGCUGUAAAAGUACACCCUCUGCGUUUCUUUGCGCAGGAAACCAUCGAGCAAACUUAUUGAAGUGCUGCGAUUUUUAUUGUUCAUGUUGAAAUAUCUACAAAUAAAGACGUAUCAAGCACAAGUGAACAAUAUCAUGUACAAUUGCUUAGUCAUAUUUAAUGUUAAGAACUACGAGAAA